UUUCAUUUUCACGUUUUCCUGAGAGUUGGGUGUUUUUCCGUUUAGAUUUGUGAGUUGUGUUGUGGGUGAUUUGGAUUUCUGCUUCCUACAUACCUAUAGGAAAAUGGCUGCUGAAGGUAUAUCUCCUCAAGAAAUAGAAUCUUUGUGUCAAACGCCAAAUCCAUCUACCAAGGAUUUCAUGUUCCAACAAACGAUGUAUAGGAUCAAAGAUCCACGCAAAUCCAUCCCAUUCUACACUGGAGUUCUUGGCAUGACCCUGCUGAAACAACUGCAUUUCCCGGAAAUGAAGUUUUCUCUGUUCUUCAUGGGAUAUGAGGAUCCUUCUGAGAUUCCUAAGGAUGAAGCCCAGAGAUCUGCCUGGGCUAUGACAAGGAAAGCCACAUUAGAAUUAACACACAACUGGGGCACAGAGAGUGACAACUCCAGCUACCACAAUGGCAACUCUGAGCCACGCGGCUUUGGCCAUAUCGGCAUACUGGUGCCUGAUGUUGACGAGGCUUGUGCCAGAUUUGAGCAACAAGAUGUAAAGUUCAUCAAACGCCCUCAAGACGGCAAAAUGAAGGGACUCGCCUUCAUACAAGACCCGGACGGCUACUGGAUCGAGAUAUUCACCUCCAAAGUAGUUUCUUAAUCCCAGAAAAUCCCAAAAACCUUUUCUAUAAAGUGUUAAAAUUGUGUAUAAAGUGUUAAAUGUUUGUAUAGAACCUAAAGUAUAAACAGUGGUAAGAAAAAAGUGGCCUUUUUAAACUGCAAAGCAAAUGGCGAUUGUGAAUAUUUUUCCAUUAUUUAAAAGUUGAUGUAUAUUGUUAACUCAUGUAAGUUUCCUAUAGGAAUUAAUGUUUUAUAAAAAUCCUUUAAAAUACAUACAUAAAUGAUUGUUACAAA